AUGGAAUGUCCAUUGUUACAGGCUCGCGCCGCGCCGACCCUAUUUGGCAACGAAAUCGACGGCAAUGUAGGCGAGGUGGUACGCACCCCGAACCAGGUGGUUUACUUCUGGCCGUCCCUGACCGAUCCGGAAAAGACGCUGCUCCGCGACGCCUUCUGGCAGAUUCAGCGCAGAACGUGUCUGCGAUUUGAGGAACAGGAAUACAAGCCGUGGUUCCACGCUGACCGCUGGGAUGCCGCACGUCCCUACAUUCUCGUGCGCAAAAGCAAAAAGUACGCAGCCUACUCCGAGGGCACCGUCGAAAGCACCGUCGGCCGGACGAUCCUAUACGUCUCGGAGGCGUCGUUCAACAUGAAUUCGUACAACCACUCGAGGGGCGCAAUUAUGGACCAGCUGGUCCGGUUUAUGGGCCUAAAACGAGAAAUCUACCGCCCCGACGCCCCCUCCUACAUUCAGCCGAUCGGCGCGGGGCAGACGCUGUCGCGUGCACCACAGUUUCACGCGGCGCAACUGGAAUGGCCCUUCGACCCGGAGUCGAUCACGGUACCGCUGUGGGCCCGUGAUAUUUAUACGCUUACCGAGUACUGCCCGGCCAGGAAUAGUGCUGAUAUUGGGGCCGGGCAGCGCGUUGGCCUAUUGACGAGGUGGGACACGAUCAAGCUGAACUCGAUGUAUUGCCCCGGGCAGAUUGUGGCGGACGCCGACCCGCACCGCGGCCCCUGCGUCGUCCCGCGCCAGAAAGACCUCGACGAGUUCCGGCGUCGCGCCUGGGCCUACAAACGCCUACAUAACAAUUGGAAU